AUUUACAUAAAAGGGCAAUAACACAUGAGAUUGCAUGUGUGUACUGUGUAGUGUGUUUGCAGUUGUUUGACAUCAAAAUGUCGACGAUAUUUACGCCUACAAAUCAAAUUCGGCUUACAAAUGUAGCCGUAGUAAGAAUGAAGAAAGGCGGAAAGCGGUUUGAAAUCGCUUGUUAUAAGAACAAAGUGUUGGAAUGGAGAACCGGAGUUGAGAAAGACAUUGAUGAGGUUCUGCAGUCGCACACAGUGUUUGUGAACGUAUCCAAGGGUCAGGUUGCAAAAGGUGAUGACAUGCAACGUGCUUUUGCCACCGGUGAUCAGACAGAAAUAUGCAAGCAGAUACUGGCCAAAGGGGAGUUACAAGUUUCAGAAAAAGAAAGAGCUACACAGCUUACAUCUACUUUUAAGGACAUAGCCACAACAGUUGCUGAUAACACAGUGAACCCGGAGACAAAACGCCCAUACACUGUAGGUGUCAUUGAACGUGCCAUGAAGGAUUUACACUUCUCUGUAAAACCAAACAGAAGUGCUAAGCAACAGUCAUUGGAAGUUAUCAAGCAGUUGAAGGAGACAAUGGAGAUUGAGAGGGCACAGAUGAGACUGAGGGUUGUGUUGCCACAAAAAGAAGCGAAAAAACUCAAGGAGAAAGUGAAAGAGUUGGCAGCAAAUGUUGAGUCAGAACGCUGGGAUGGCGACUUGGAAUUGACAUGCUUGAUAGAUCCAGGCUGCUUCAGACAGAUGGAUGACUUGAUAAGGUCCGGUACAAAAGGCAGAGGAACGCUGGAAGUGCUUAGUUUGAAAAACAUUGCUGAAGGAGAUGACAAAUUUUAAUUGAUAAAAGCAUCAGUUGUCAAGAGUUUAUAAAUUGCAGGUUUCCUUUAUAAAAUUGCUAUGGCAAUGUAUAUUCAUAGAAAAAAAUACUAACGAAAAUAGCAACCUAUGUAUUUAUAAAUGUGCUGUUCUGUUAUGGAGUAACAAAUUUAUUAAAAAAACUCAUCAUUUCACA